UUUUGUUUUUUAAGAUAUAUUUGCAGAAUUCAAGCCCUAGUCCUCUGCUGGCCCCUUGAAUAAGCGCCACAGGGGAAGCCAUGACAGGCGUCAAUUGUAAAGCCCAAGCCUGAAGAGGAGCCCGGUUGCCUGGCGACCAGUGGAAGUGUAGCGUCAGCUAGCUAGUUAGCUAGGCUGUCUGCAAACACAUGGAAUAUGCCCCAUAAACAGCGUUUAAAUGCCACCAAAACGAAAAGGACGUUUGCAGCUUGUCCAGAAAGAAGUGGACGAAAUCACAAAACAGGUUGACAGUCUGGUGAAGGAUGUGCAGAGUCAGGACGGAUCUACUGAAGAGGCAUUUCAGAGAUGUCAAGAACUGCAGAUUUUGGCAGAGAAGACACUAAGGACACUGAAUAAACUGACUAAGGCAGAUGAGCUGGCUCCAGUGGGGAACUAUGAUCAGAGGAAGCAGGAAGAGGAGCGACGACUGCUGCAAAUCUUGGAGCGUGUAAACACACUCUCUCUGGAGCUUUCACCACCAGGACCCAGUACUGCUGCGGGAAAUGUUUCAAAGGAAGAGGAAAAGGACGAUGACGACGAAGAUGAAGUCGACGAAGACAGUACCGAUGAUGAAGCUGAUGGUGCUGAUGAAGAUGAGAAACAAGCUGUGAAACCGCCCUCUCAGUCAGACCCUCACAUCUAUACAGCCCUCAGUGAUUUCAAAGGACAACAGGAGGGAGAUCUGUCUGUUCAGAGGGGGGAGGUAUUGAGGAUUAUCAGGAAGACAGUAGAUGGAUGGUGGCUGGCUCAGGAUGUUAAAGGCAACAGGGGAGUGGUUCCAAAAACCUACCUGAAGAUUGGCUCUGGUGUUGAUGAUGAUGAUGAAGAUGAGGACGAUGACAAUGAGGAGGAGUCAGAGGAGGAGGAAGAGCAGAUUGGCAAAGAACUGACUGAUGAUGAAGAGAAACAAAGCAGUUCACAUUCCAACUGGAGUACUGUCAGAAAUGCUUUGACUGAGAUUGAUGCAACAGAUGUGCUCUCUGCCAUGGGAGCUAUACCUUCAGGAUUCAGACCAUCAUCUCUCAACAAACUGCUGGAGGAAGGUAUAACAUACAGAGGAAGUCACUAUAUUCAGCCUGAGCUCAGCCAAUCACAGCUCUCCUUUAGUGACCUCUUCCUGGAUCCAGAUACAGGCAGGGUUCGGGCUCGGCAGGUCAGGACUUGUGUUUGUUUCAGUUUGUGGAGCUGCAGGAUGAUUCCUACUCCUGGGGUUGGAGUUCAGGUCCUCAGCAGACACAUCCGCCUCUGUGCCUUUGAUGGAACUCAGGUGUUGAGUAACAUCCAUACAGUGAGGGCAACGUACAACUCCAAGACUCCAAAGACCUGGAGCUUCUCCCCAAGGAUGACGGGUAUCCUACCUGCCCUCCUAGAUGGAGACUGUUUCCUGCGCUGCAACUCUGCAUCUCCUGACCUCGGUAUCCUCUUUGAACUGGGAGUCACCUUUAUACGCAAUUCUACAGGUGAGAGAGGGGACCUUAGCUGUGGCUGGUCUUUCCUCAAACUGACCGAUGACACUGGAAAUCCACUCCCCAACAGGACCUAUGAGCUGCCAGUCAAUGGUGGCACUCCUUAUGAGAAGGAUGUCGUGGUGGAGGCAUCAGUCACCAGAGGAUCUCCAGCUGGUGUUUUCCAGCAGAUACUUCAGGCCAGGCGGCAGCCCAGAAUCAUUAUAAAGUUGAAAUCAUCAAACAGCCGGACCAGAACGCAGCUCAGUCUCCUUCCAGACACUUUGCUGCACUGUCAGAGCUGUAUCCACCUGCUGGCUCUACACAGGCAGCUGCUAGCCGACACACUACUGAUGGACAGGCCUACCAUGCAGAACGCAGAUCUGAUAUGCAGUCCUAUACUUUCUACCUUUCCUAUGCUGUUGGACCAACCAGACCUGAUGGAUGCUCUCAGGAGUGCCUGGCUGGACGCUGAAACCAACAUGAGCAGAGCACAGAGGAGAGACUUGUCCUAUUUAAAACAGGAUUUUGUCAAAGUCUACAUGUCGUCUGUCUAUUUCCUCCUUCACUCGCCCUCUCUGCCCUGUCAUCGCUGGGCGGACCCACCCUUAGAGGAGCAGCGUGCCAGAGUCAUCUACGCCACGCUGGAUGCCCUCAAACACACCCAGCACACCACCGGCCAAUCAGGAGGCCCAGAGGUCUUUGUCGACCCCAUGCAUCAGCAUCUUGCCUUUGAUAUCACAGAGUUGACCUUUGACCUCGUCCGUGUGUCACGCCUGUCUAUGGUGUAACCGAGCCCUGGCUAUCCUGCUCUGCCUUUGAG